AUGUCGCAACCCUCCACCCCGCAGCCUCUCUUUGGCGGCGGUCAGCCGCCAGCGGCAUCGGCAUCGGCAGGCCCUUCCACGUCCCUGGUCCCCUUCAGCCGCACCCCAGCGACUGGCUCAUCUGGCAACAACACUUACAUCAUGCCCAGCUCUCCCAUGAAGAAAGUCGCAUCAGACGGCUACAGGCCCAAGGUCACCCGCACUCUGGGCCAACGCCCUGCAUGUCUUGUCAACGCCUCUGUGACGUACUGCGGGAACAACCAGAUCUAUGCUUUCGGCGGAUUCGACCAGUACACGGACGAAGUCUACAAUCACGUUCUUCGCCUUGAUAUUGUCAGCCACCAAUGGAAUCUAGUGGAUAACUACGGAGACAUUCCUGGGGUGCGCAUGGGCCAUACCGCGACCUUGUAUCAAGGCGACAAACUUCUUGUGUUCGGCGGCGAGAACGAGCAUAGAACCUACCUUUCCGACCUUAUCAUUUUUGACCUCAAGACCGCCCACUGGACACAACCGCAGGUGUCUGGCCCCAUCCCGAAAGGCCGCGCACGUCACUCUGCCCUCUUGCACGAAGACAAACUAUUUAUUAUUGGGGGAAUUACAGGUCACGACAACUAUGUGUUGGACGAUAUCUGCUACAUUGACCUCAAGACCUUCACAUGGUCCCGCGCCUGGCGGUUCGUCGGCCGGUUUGACCAUUCCUCUUAUAUAUGGGGCGAUAGAAUAUGGGUCUUUGGCGGUCUGAGCGAAGAUAUGGACAAAGUCAGUGAUCUGUGGUGGCUUGAUUUGAAAGGCAGCCCAGCAUUCGAAAGUGCGCCUCAGUUUGGGACUUACGAGCGGCCAGGCCUGGGGAGUCGUAACGAAAGCUCACCACGGCCACCGUAUACGAUGGGCCAGUCCCCGAUUGUUGGUGCGUCUGGUUAUGCUGCCAAUUCUCGGACGCAGCAGGUCAACACUCCCUCGUUCCAGAUCAAAACUUAUGCGCCGAUGGCGCCAGGCCUGAUACAUUCCCAUAAGUUCAUAUCCGGCCCUAACGUACCAUCACAAGGACCGGGUAUCCACUUUCACGUUUACUCGUCUGGAAAUCUACUUGAUUUCGUGACGCCGGCUGCUACAAUCACGUCCAAGGAAUGUGCUUUGUAUGCCCUUGAGUUGGGAGAGCUUCGAUGGCAAAAAGUUGCUGAAGGUCGCGAGGUCUUCAAAUCUGGCUUCAGGUGGCAUUACUGCACGAUGAAUGAAGAUGGCACCAAAGCAUGGCUGCUGGGCUGCCCUACCGAUGCUUCUGCUCUCGAUGUUGCCGCCAACGGCUUUGAGGAGCAGCUGAGUGACAUUAUGGAGAUUGAUCUCCGCAGGUACGGUUUUCUGGGCAACAAUUUAACACCACAACCGCGAACCGAACUUGCAGAGCCUAUGGGAAGGACCCGUCGUGUGGAUACACCCUCCAAAGGCCUAGGCGCAGACCUGGCAAAAGCGUUCAACAGACCUCCAGAGUCAGGAAGCGGCACAGAUUUCAUCGUCACGGCACUUUCUGGUGACCCGAACGAGGAAGACUUGCUGGGUUCAGCCCUUAUUCGGGCGACUGACGUGGCCGACGGCGACCAGACCUGGCUGUCGCCAGAUUCACCGACAUCACCACCUAUCCACGUACAUCGCCUCAUUCUAUACCUCCGUUGGCCGCAUUUCGCACGCUUGUGGGACUCACACAUGGCCGAAUUCCACAACAAAAAGAUGCACAUUCCUGAGCCCUACUCCGUGGUGAAAGCGUUCCUUUACUACCUUUAUACAGAUCGCAUUGAUGCUACUGCCGAGGACGAGGGUGUUGACGGCCCAAGCAGAGACCUUGCGGACAUUGCUGGGCUUUUGGUGAUGUCCAACAUCUACAACAUUCCACACCUACGCCUCCUGUGUGUCAACCGUCUGAGUCGUGAACUAGACGUCGAUCAUGCUUGCAUAAUUUGGUACUGCGCAGGGCUUGCAGACGAGGAGUGGCUGCGCAAGCGGGCGGCUGGAUUUUGCCUGACACAUUGGGGUCGCAUAGUGCGCACCACUGGUUUCCUGCGACUUCCGCGAACUGCGAUUGUAGAGCUUUCGCAAGAAAUUGACACUGAGGGCCGUGUGAUCGGCGGAGAGGAGCUCGACAUGUUCGAAGGGGGUGGUUCAUAUAUGGAGAGGAGGAAGGAAAGCAUCUCGAGCAACGUGACACAGUCGCUCGAGGCCGAGGAGGCAGAAGACGACGAUGGUAUGGACAUGAACUAG